UGUUUAACUUCAAAAUUGGUCGAAGUGAGGGGGAAUUUAGAGUGAAAUGCUACCUUUUAAGAAGGAUAGCAAUACAUGAUGAGGAAAUUCUCAUCACAAAACUGAAAGAAAAGAGGGAAUGUUUGGAAAAGCAAAUGGCUCUCAAACAGGCAGACGUGGUGGCAGCCUUGGAAAAGAGAAAUCAGAUUGAUUCUGAGUUACUGCUUUCACAAUCAAAAAUUGCACGAGAAAAAGAGGAUUUUGAUCAGGAACUUGGAAAGGCUAAUAAAUAUCUACAAAGCGCUGAAUGCCUGAACGACAAACUUAAAUUGGAAAACAAAGCUGUGCACCAGAAGUUUGAGCGAGCACUGGAAGAAGAAAAACACUGGGCCAGAAGAAGAGAUGAGAUGGAGGCAAAAUUGAGGAGGUUAUCUGUUCUGUUAGAUGAGAAGCGUGAAUUUCUAGAGAAACUUGUGAUGAAAACAAAAAACCUGGAGAAGGAAACUGAAUAUCUUGAAGACAGCCUAUUAAUAGCCAAGGAAAGUAAUGCAAAGGAACUGGCAUCUCUAGAGCAAAAAUUGAAGGCAGAAAAUAAGAUGAGAGUGAUGCUUCAGUGGAAGCUACUGUACUUAGCAAUGCAAAGCAAACUCUUUCUUUUGGAGGAGGAGAAUAUAAGCAGAAGAGUGAAUGAAAGGAUAGAGACUGGUGAGAAAAGGCAUGCUGAGCUUCUUCUGGAGACCAAAGAGCUUGAAAAAGAACUUCUUCAGUCUGAAAACCAAAUCAAAGUGCUGACUGAAGAAGCAAUAAAGAGAAAAAAUGAUUACAGGAGUUAUAAUGAAGAUUUCACUAAUAAAAUAAAAUAUCUGGAGGAUGACAUCAAAACUGCAAGUGAAAAUCUUCUUAAAAUAGAACACAAGUUUAAGGUGAACAGGCUAACUUUGGAAGAAACCCAGAAGGAAAGAGAGGAGAAGUAUGCAGAAUAUGAAGAGUUGAGGAAAUCAUUUUUGAAAAAGAAAGAUGAAGAGUUACAAAUCCGAAGAGCCAUUCAGAAAUCAAUCAAGACUACUGGGAUGCUCAAGGAGGAAACUCUGGAGCUACGGAAGCAAUUGUGCAUCAAGCGUGAUGCUGCAGUCAGCCAGCUGAAGCAUCAAACUGAGACUAUGAAGUUGCUGGAAAGAGACAUCUAUGAGAUCAACAGAAAACUUGACAUUGUGAACUCUGAGAACUGCAGAUUCAAAUUAUGCAAUGCACAGAUGAAAGAAGGUAUCUUGGCAAUGAAUUCUGAAGCUGAAGGCCACCAGUCAGCGAUAGUGAAAAUUGGGAAUGACCUGGCAGUGCUUCGUGGUUUUCUUCUGGAGAGAUGGUCAGAGGACAGCUCUAUUCAGAAGGAAUUUCUGGAGAAUGAGCAGGAAAUUCUGAAUGCAGUGACAGCCCUGCUAAGAAAAAUCCAGCAACGAGAGGAAAGGGUUGGUGACAUUAACAGCAGGCUACGAAAUAGUCUGGAAGGAAUGGAUUCUCUGCUUGAAAAAAAAUCUAGAAUGGAUGGUGAUGAAUCAGAUGCAGUGAAGAAUAAAUGAGGAAAUACUCAAGAUAGUCUUUGGAAGACAGAAGCCAGCAUAUGGGAUGAGAAAAUCAAUGCUAUGUUUUAUUCAAGCCCUCCUCACUGAAAUUUUAUUCUGAAGGCUGCCUUGUUUUAUUCAAAGACCACCUAAAAUAUUACAUUAGUAAAUAAACAAUACAAGCAAAAUACUGUACAAGAAAGUGUCUGAAGCUUUUAUGCAGAUUCAGGAUGAUAAAUACAGACA